UUGUGGGCAUUUCUGGUUGUUGAUUAAUUAUUACUCUAAUUAAUAAACUGCUGAAUCGGGACAUUGUGACUACAGGGCAAAGUUCUGGACAUGGACCAACAAUUUCAGUCGGCUGUCUGAACGACAGGGACUGGACCUAUCACUAGACUUGUGUUGCUGCAGAAGAUUUUAAGAGAGAGACAUGGCCACCACAAUGAUCAAUAAUCCUGCUGACAUCAGCAUCAUCGUGGCUUAUUUUGCCAUGGUCAUCAGCGUUGGAAUAUGGUCCAUGUGUCGGACCAACCGUGGGACAGUCGGAGGAUACUUCCUGGCAGGACGGACCAUGAGCUGGUGGCCGGUUGGUGCUUCUCUUUUUGCAAGCAACAUCGGGAGCGGACAUUUUGUGGGCCUGGCAGGUACCGGGGCGGCCAGUGGGAUCGCAGUGGGAGGUUUUGAAUGGAAUGCCCUCUUCGUCAUGCUUCUUCUCGGCUGGAUCUUCGUCCCGGUCUACCUAACAGCUGACGUGAUGACGAUGCCGCAGUACCUGCAGAAAAGGUUUGGGGGCAAGCGGAUCAGCCUGUACCUCUCUGUCAUCUCACUCUUCCUCUACAUUUUCACCAAAAUCUCUGUGGACAUGUUUUCAGGAGCCGUCUUCAUCCAGCAGGCUUUGGGGUGGAACAUCUACAUCGCUGUCAUCGCUCUGUUGAUCAUCACUGCUCUCUACACUGUCACCGGGGGUCUCGCAGCGCUGAUGUAUACAGACACUGUCCAGACCUUUGUCAUCAUCACUGGAGCCUUUGUCCUCACUGGGUUUUCCUUUGCUAAAGUGGGAGGCUACAGCGCGCUGUUAGCCAAAUACAGCGCGGCGCUACCAACUAACAUCAUGUCUUUGGAGCCCCAUCGCUACAACAUCUCCUCCCACUGCUACACUCCCCGACCUGAUGCCUUCAGUCUGCUGAGGGACCCAACCACGGGGGACCUGCCCUGGCCAGGGGUCUUGUUUGGGAUCGCAAUAGUGGCUGGAUGGUACUGGUGCACAGAUCAGGUGAUCGUGCAGCGCUGCCUUGCAGCUCGCAGUCUCACGCAUGUGAAGGCCGGCUGCAUCAUGUGUGGCUACCUCAAACUGCUGCCCAUGUUCCUCAUGGUGUUCCCGGGGAUGAUCAGCAGGGUCCUGUACCCAGACGAGGUGGGCUGCGUGGUCCCUGAAGUGUGCCAGCAAGUGUGUGGGACCGGCGUGGGCUGCUCCAACAUUGCCUAUCCUAAACUGGUGGUGUCCAUCAUGCCCAGCGGGUUGAGGGGUCUGAUGCUGGCAGUGAUGCUCGCUGCCCUCAUGUCCUCGCUGGCCUCCAUCUUCAACAGCAGCAGCACACUCUUCACUUUGGACAUCUGGACGCGGGUCCGACCCCGAGCCAGCGAGCGAGAGCUCCUAAUAGUGGGCAGAGUCUGGGUCCUAUGCAUCGUUGCCAUCAGUAUCUGCUGGAUUCCGGUGGUCCAGGCUGCACAAAGUGGUCAGCUGUUUGACUACAUCCAGUCUGUGUCCAGCUACCUGGCUCCUCCCAUCGCCUCCGUCUUCCUGCUUGGAGUGUUUGUCAAGAGGGUGAACGAAGCGGGAGCCUUCUGGGGUCUGAUUGGUGGGCUGAUGAUGGGUCUGUGUCGGAUGGUGCCAGAAUUCUGGUUUGGCACCGGCAGCUGCAUCUUCCCCUCCAGCUGUCCCUCAGUUAUUUGCGGCUUCCACUACCUGCACUUUGCCAUCGUUCUCUUCUUCUGCACGUCAGCACUGGUGCUGCUGGUCAGCUUCUGCAGCCGGUCUAUCGAAGACAUACACCUUCAUCGGCUAGUUUUCAGCCUGCGUCACUCCAGAGAAGAGAGGAUUGAUUUGGACUGGAAGCAGGAAGAGGAGGAGCAGAGAGAAAGACGGGAAGGUGAUGGCACCAAGGAAGAGAGCAGCAACGAUGAAGGGACAGGGCAAGCUGGUGUCUGUCACGAGACUGGACGAGUCUGGAUCAGCCAACCGGAGAACCUAAAGCAAGAAGCAUCACUGAGGCCGGAGCAACUGAGCACCAUCACCGAGGAACCUUUGUGGAAGUAUGUGGUGGACGCCAACGCUCUCAUCAUGACGGCGGUCGCCGUCUUCAUGUGGGGCUACUACGCCUGA